AUGUUUUCUUUCUUCAUUCCUCCACCGGUCAACGCAUCUUUUUUUUGGGUCUAUGUUGAUGACAUUGUUAUCCCUGGAGACGAUAUAAAGGGUAUCCAGCGACUAAAAACUCAUCUUUUCAAAAACUUUCAGACAAAAGAUUUGGGUCCACUCAGAUACUUCUUAGGUAUUGAAGUUUCUCAGUCCUCAUCAGGCAUUGCAAUUAACCAACAUAACUAUGCAUUAGACAUCCUAACUGAAACUAGUGUGCUUGACUGUCGUCCGAUUGAUAUUCCUAUGGAUCCCAACGCCAAGCUUCUUCCGGGUCAGGGGGAGCUGUUAAAAGACUCGAGAAGAUAUCGCUGUUUAGUGGGUAGACUCAAUUAUCUUACUAUCACUAGACCGAAUAUUACUUUUGCAGUGAGAAUUGUAAGUCAGUUCCUGAAUGCUCCUUGUGAUACUCAUUGGAAUGCAGUUAUUUGGAUUCUCAGAUAUAUAAAGAAUGCACCAGGAAGAGGCAUAUUAUAUGAAGAUAAGGGUGAUUCUAAAAUCACGUGCUAUUCAGAUGCAGACUGGGCAGGAACAUCGUCAGAUAGGAGAUCCACUUCUGGAUAUUGUGUUCUUAUUGGAGGAAAUAUGAUCUCAUGGAGGAGAAAGAAACAAAACAUAGUUGCACUAAAACUCAUAUGCGACAAUCAAGCGACACUUCACAUUGCAUCCAAUUUGGUUUUCCAUGAACGGACCAAGCACAUAGAAUUAAAUUGUCACUAUGUAAGAGACAAGGUACUGCCAGGAUAA